AUGGGCAAGGGAACGGAUAAGCUUUACAUCACACACUCCGAGUGGGCGUCGGAAGAUGCAUAUUCGGCCAGCGCAGGCGCUGGUGUAGGGAAAGCGAGGCGGGGAGGAGAGCAUGCCGGUUUCAGACGCCUCCCAUUCAACUUCUGCUCCCUCUCCCUCCAACCCUUCUCGCAUCCGGUCUGCACACCCUCGGGAACCAUAUUCGAUCUAACCAACAUUCUGCCCUGGAUUAAGAAACACGGUACAAAUCCUGUGGAUGGGUCGCCGCUGAAGAGUUCCGACCUUAUCAAGCUUAAUAUCGCGAAGAACGAGUCGGGCGAGUAUGUCGAUCCGGUCACGUACAAGGUCUUGACGGAUAACACACAUAUCGUCGCUUUGCGCAAUACGGGCAAUGUUUUUGCGUGGGAUACUGUCGAGCGGCUGAACAUCAAAGGAAAACUGUGGCGCGAUCUUGUUACCGAUGAGGAGUUCAGUCGCAAGGAUAUAAUCACGCUACAAGACCCGCAGAAUAUCGAGUCGAGGAAUCUAAGUUCGUUCAAUUAUUUGAAGGAGGGAGAGAGCGCGUUGACUGAGGAACAAAUACGGGAACGAGAGGAUGUGUCCAAUCAUGUCAAUGUCAAUGCGCUGGGCAAUGCGGCGAAGAUCCUGAAGGCGAAGGAGGCCGUGGCGAAGGCUCGUGCCGAGAGGGCUCAGCGCGCCGAGUCGGCUGCCGCCUCGAAAGGACUGACAAAGCCGGGUACGAAUGCCGCAGCUGUGUCGCAAAAGACCGCUUCACACCAGGCUGGGAAACCUAUUCCGUAUAAUGCGGCGAGGCAUACUACUGGUCUGGCCGCUGCGUCGUUUACAAGCACUGGUAUGACACCGCAUACUUCGGCCGAGCUUGCACUUCUUUCAGAUGAAGAGUACAUGUUGAAACGAGGGCGAGUUAAGCAAAAAGGUUAUGCUCGAAUCUCGACUACGCUAGGCGACGUGAAUCUGGAGCUGCACACUGAGUAUGCGCCUAAAGCCGUGUGGAAUUUCAUCAAACUGGCCAAGAAGGGUUAUUACAAAGAUGUCACUUUCCAUCGCAAUAUCAAGGGAUUCAUGAUCCAGGGUGGAGACCCUACAGGUACUGGGCGCGGAGGUGAGAGUAUCUGGGGCAAGUACUUCAACGAUGAGUUCGAAGGGCCUUUGAAACACGACUCUCGAGGAACCUUAAGUAUGGCCAACAAAGGCAAAAACACCAACAGCAGUCAAUUCUUCAUCGCUUACCGAGCGCUGCCUCAUUUGAACAACAAACAUACCAUUUUCGGUCAUGUAAUAGAUGACCCAACGCCCUCGUCGCCGACAUUGAACAGCAUGGAAACUCACCCAGUGAAUCCUACAAGCAACCGACCUACUCCUGACAUCCGCAUCAAAGACGUAACAAUCUUUGUCGAUCCGUUUGAGGAGUUUUUGAAACAGAAGCAAGCAGACGAGGCGAAAGGUACGACCUCUGCAGAUGAUACCAAGGCAUCUCAGGAGAUAGACGAUGAUCGCGUAACCUGGACUGGAAAACGAGUUCGGGGACCUGGUGCGACAGAAGCGGGCGAGAGCUCGGCUGGGGGAGUAGGGAAGUACCUCAAGGCCGCACUAGCGAACCAGGCAAAUCAGGAGGAAGACGAGAUUGUCGAGUUUGUGGAUGAGGAGCCCGAGCCUGAGCCUGCACGGAAGAAAUUCAAGGGUGGCGGUGGCUUUGGUGAUUUUAGUUCCUGGGAUUGA